AUGUUGGCUCUUCGCGACCAGGAGAACCUGGUAAACACUCACCAGACUGCCGCUGCAGCUAAGCCUUUGAACCAAAGCAAGCCGCUAGCACCCAAGACCCCCGGCAAGCAACGAAAUGACGAGAAUAACCCCUUGGCAUUUGGAAACCGUACUGUGAAGGGCAAUGGUAAUCGCCAGGAGAAUGGAAAACCGGGCAACGCGUUUAUGACUCCGAUGGUGAAGGACCGCGCUCCUCUAGGCAUGAAAACGACCAAUCUCAAAGCCAACAAUCUCCAGACACCCGCGCCCUUUGGAACCACCAAGCAACCGAAAACAAACCGCAGACAGUCCACUACCCAGAAGAUCAGAAAAGCUGCUCCAGUGACACAACAAGCCCAAACCAAAGUCCACAUCGAUUCUGCUGCCGACGAUGUACCGGAUAUUGAAUACAUGCCGCCUAAGCCUAGAGAUCUUCCAGACCUUCCAGACGAUGUAACAUAUGACACCACAUUCCCCCAAUUCAAACCUAAGAAUCGAGCUCUAGGACUGGAGAGUGUGUACGGAAAGCAACAAGUCGGCAGGGAUGGACUCACAGCGAAACAGCGGAAGUUCAAAGAGGAUUCAGCGGCGUGCGACAGGAUGGUGGAUGAUAUGAUCAUGAAACAACUCGAGGACAUUGGGUUUGAGAGCUCCGGUGAGAGCGAGUCUGCAAAGGCACUCCAGCCUGAUGUCAUCUCCACCAACAGACCUACAACUGCACGCCAAACUCGUAGUGUGUCCACGCUUCGAGCUCGCGACGCUGCUGCUGCACUUGCCGGACCUCAACCAACUACUGCACCCAGAGUGGCUCUGACCCCGAAACCACGGGUGGCAUCGUUGGCAUCGUCAUUGGUCAUGCCUAAAAGACAGGCUAGGCUCCCGUCUAACCCCUCUUCCAUGCGCAAUACUGCUGCUUCUGUCAACUCUCGGACGACCGUUGGCUAUUCCAAAGGACGCAGUGUGUCGUCCACCCUACGGGAGAAACAUUCCAAAAUGCAGAGGGCCUCGAGCUCUGAGGUUCUGUCUCCCGAAACUUAUAUGCAGCUGUAUGGACCCCCUCCGCUGGACUCGGAAAUGUGGACUCGUUGUAAAGCUGCUGGAUGCUUUGAUACCCCGGAUGAAACCACCCAGGAACUGGAAGUAUCACUGCCCACGUUUGACGAAGAUGAUGAGGCGGAGAGCUUCCAGCUCACUUUGUAG